GAAGCGUCGUCGUUAACGGUAAACAGAACUUAGUAGAGAAAGUGGAGCGAAAGCUAUGAGUAGCCAGCUCCUCUUAACUAAUGCUACAGUUACUUCCACGUUACUAUUACAUAUUGGAUUGACAUUGUUCCUACAGCAAUAGUAUCUGGACUACAUACAUAAAACAUGUGGCUGAUGAUAUAAUCCAAAACCAUCUUCCUAUCGAAUCCGGUCCACAGAAAUCUCUUAACAUACUUUCGCAUUCAAUAACUUUUUUCGCUCUGUUGUUCUUUGUGUCACCAUGGAGAAUUACGUGCAACAACAAGAGUUUUCUGAAGCUAAAAACCGGAUGAGUUUAUUUGAAUCAGAAUUUGAAGAUGGUUGCUUCCUGCAAAAGCUGAUGAAAGAGAACUCUCCUUCCUUUCCUAAACGUCGUAGACUGGAAGAGGAUGCUCAGAGUUGCAUCAGCAGCCGGACUGAUUCACCAGUAUCUGUUGACAGCUUCAUGGAUGAAAGUUUCUGUCCUACACCAACUGACUCUCCUUCCACUCGGGUGGCAACACUAUCGGAUUUUAAAAAACAUUAUAAAAAGGAUGAACUUUGGGCUGCUAUUGAAUCUAAUUACCAAUAUCUUAUGGAUGAUGAAAUCAUUGAGACAUGUAGGUCAACUGAAAGUGACUUGUCUCUUGAUGAUGAAGAUACUGCGAUAAAUCCCAAUGUAUCAUUCCAAGAAUUCAUGCAGCAAUACCAAGAACUGACUGAGUGGCUGAACCAGAUUCAGGCAUUCACUCAGCGGAAGGUGAUGAGUCGAUCAGAGAAAUAUCUAAACCAGACCUACCAUGAAGAGCUGUUACAAAGAUCCCCUCGCCACAAGUUAUUAAAUGACUAUGCUCGCCAGUUACUCAAGCGAUAUCCUGCUUUAAAAGGAGAUGUCUAUGUACGACUACAGCUAUUAAAUGCUCAGUGGCAGAAAAUUGAGCAAGCAAUCUCCCCAUCAAAGGGUGUACAAGACUGGAAGACAAUGCUUAUUGACUUGAAAGCUGAUAUAGAUCAUCUGUGGAAAUGGCUUCAAGGUGUUGAAAAUCGUCUUUUACCAUUGUGCAUACGAAGUAGUUGGACUACACCCGAGUUGGAAGAAAAGUUAACUGAACACCAGAUAUUGCAAAAGGAUAUAGAAUCCCAUUUGAGAGUGGUUUCAGCAGUACUUAAGCUUGGUGAAUGCCUUCAAAAUGGAAAAAAUGAAGAAAAGCUUCAUGAACAAUCUAUCACCUUUCCAGAAUCACUCCAUGAUGUCAGCCACAACCUGGAGAAAAGAUGGCAUACAAUUUGGUUACAGUCGCUUGAGUGGCAGUGUCGUUUAGAACAAGCAAUUAUCUCUAAGAAGAAACUGGAAAAUACCAAUCAUUUAUCAGCCUUUUCUCCUAUUAAAUUCUGGGGCCAAACUCCUCUUAGGCCAGGAAACCUAUCCUCUAAAACACAUUAUGAAUCCAGUGAAGAACAUGUUCAUGAUGUAGGUGGUAGUAGUUUAAGUGACCAAGGUGACGAAUCUGACUACAAAUUGCAAACAAAGCUUGGUAAAUCAACAGAAGAAAGCAUGCCUGGAAAACCUAAUGAAAACAACUCGGUGAGGAGAUUCUGUGAAAAACAGACUAAUGACUUGGUUUAUGGCAAGCAUGAUGACUAUAUUUUGAGCAUGAACAGAGAAAAUAUGUUUUUGGAAAAAGCACAACUUUAUCAAGACAAUGCUAACCCAUUCAAAAAACUGGAAGACCAUAACAAUGUUGGCAAGAAUAUACUUUCAAACUCUCCGCUACAGACUCAAAAGUUUUACAGUAUUAAAGAUCCGUCCAAAGUUGGAAAUAUUAACUCUUCAAAUCAGCAUUUUUAUCAAAUGGUCACUCUUGACACUGAUUGGUCUACAGAUUCAACCCAUGAUGAUAAUAAUACACCAAAAUUUUCCACCUACAGUUUCAACAAGACCACUGAUUCUGGUGUUAUUGCUGAUAUUAGCAACAACAAUAUACAGACUCAAAGUUGUAACUUUAGUGAAAAUAUUGAUAAACCUUUACAGAUUGAAACAAUCAGUUCUACAGCUGAUAAAAUAUGUUUCACUCCAGAGAAAAACAGCAUGGAACAAUCAUCAGGGAAAGAAUUAUCGACAGCAUCUGACUCAGGGACUGACAAGUCCCCAGACAUGUCUAUAGCGACCACAACAACAGCAUCAGAGAGCUGCAGCUCCUCACAAAAGUCUAAAAGAAAGAUAAAAAAAGGCCACAAACCUGCUUUCUCCAGCUGCUCUUCUUGGUCUGGCGGAGAUGCAGAAAAUGCUGUUGAAAGUUCUUGUGAUGCAAGUGGAGAAGAAAGUGGAGACAGUGAUGGCUCAGAUGAGUUUUCUACUGCCAGUGAAGACAGCCAGGAUAACCUAUAUGAACGAGCCAUGCAUCCACAUUCUCUUUGUAAUGAUAAAGUAGACUCUGCCAGAGUACCAGAGCAUUCAUCACUCCUUAUUCAAAGAGAAGGAAGACGAAAUAAAGAGAGGCCUUGGAGUGUUAUUGAGCUUUAUGAACAAAGCAAUGGUCUUGACUUGAAACCAUUUUUCAUAUCUGAAAGUGCUCUUGACCAGUUGCGUUCCCAGGAGGUAUCAACUCCAACUAAAAAUAAUCAAUCCUUUGAUUACGCAUCUGCUACAUUUCCUAGAUUAAAGAGGAAAGAAAAUAUUUUGAAAUCCCUUCAUGCAACGUCAGAUGAUGCCCUGUCUCAUCCAGGUGUGAAACGUAAACUUGAAAAUGACUUUCCAAAACUCUGCCAAAUUCUGAGCAGCUUAUCUCGAGAAAGCUUAAUGGGACAAAGUUAUCGUUCUGAGAGCGAAUCUGAGACAAAAGAACUUGCACGCCAACUACAAAACACAACCGUUUGUUCGGGUACAAGCGAUACAGAAUCUGAAAGUGGAGGAGCUUAUGGAACUGCUACGGAAGAUGCAUCAGAUGGGGAGUACUUCCCAGGUAGUAAUGGCUCCUUUUCCGAAACAGCUUGGGACAACUACCAGGCACCACUCUAUCCCACAGUCAGUGAUGAAGCUACAGAACCAGCUCUUCAGUGGUCAGGUGAAAUGGAGUUUGAAGAGGAAUUAUCACCUGUGUCUGCCAACAACACUAUAAUCACACAAGUUGUUGCAAAGCAGAGUGAUGAAGAUUCUGGAAAGUGCUCCCGCUUAGCACCGUGUGAUGAUAGUGACUCUGAUCUGGAUGACUUUUACCAUGUUCUGGACGAAUCUUCCAACCAACUGAAAGUCACAGAUCAUGCGUUACAAAAGAAAAAGAAAGACACAGGCUUGUAUUUGAACACCGGCCGAUAUACUGAACUGCUGGCUACUUGUCAGACCAAUAUUAAGUGCCUAGAAGUCAUCUACCAGCACCUGAACAGCGCCUCACCUGUAAGCAAGGAUGACUUGGACCGAAUGCAAGGAUUGCUGUAUCAGUGGGAGAAGUUGCGUGCCCUGGCAGUGGAGCGUCAGAGCCAGUGCCGAGAACUGUGCCAAAUUAAUGCAAGCCUCAUGACAGUUUACAACUGGCUACAUGAGUUGUCAACCCUCAUUAAAAAAGAACAGUUCAAAGGCUUAGCUGACGCACAACAAAUCAUCAAAAUUACACAGGAAAAGCAAGCCUUAUUUGAAGAAAAAAUGUCUACACUGAAUGAAUUAAAGGAAUCAGUGCUCUCCUUUAAAGAGCAGCACCCAACCAUAAGUGUUGAAGGUUUCCUCAUGAAGAUAGGGAAAUGCAUGACUGAGUUAAAUUCUCUAAGAGACAAAUGUGCUACAAAACUUCUUCUGUUACAAAAGUACUUAUUAGUAUGGUAUGAGUACAAUGAGACCAAGAAAGAACUAGACCAUAUGCUGAGGCAGCAACGGCAGCAGUUGGAUUGCAUAGUCUAUCAUUUAGAGGUGGAUUUACCAAAACAUCAACCCAAUGUGCAGAAUGAUUUGAGAGCUGUCCAGAAAAGCUUGAGUCUCUGCCAAGAAAAACUUGACCAACUGCAAUCUUACCGCCUCCAGUUGAUCUGCUAUUUGGACCGCUCAGCUUGUGCCGGCAUUUCUGCUGAUUAUUCUGAAUAUCGAAGUCUGCUGUUUGCUAUUAAACAGCAGUGUCAAAAAUCUAUUGCCAAGGCAGCUCGGCUCAACUCAAACAGGGCUGGUAAACCUGCUCGUAUUGAACACCCUCUACAGGCAAGCAACAAUGGUUCGUUAGGCAGAGGUCGCUCCCUUGUGUUUCCUUCCCAUAUCACUCCUACAUCUACUACUACUGACUUGGCUAAAGAGGAAACAAAUAUCAGAAGUGAAAAUGGAACUCCGACUUCGGCAGUUCCCAGAACUACAUCAUCUAACUUUCAAAAUACAAUGCAAGGGCUGGUGCUUGUCUGCGCAGCAGGACUUGCUUAUAUGGCAGACCCUGAAGCUCUUGAGAAGCUAAUCAGCUUCUCGAUCCAGUUGAAUCCCGAGUUAAGAUACAUCAAUGGUGCACCACCUAUUUGAGGCCCCUAUAAAAAAGUUUUGUGUUCAAUGAUAUCUACCCCCAUUUUACUACAAAAUAUUGCAACAAUUUUUGUUGUUAUGGCUUAAAAUUUUUCUAUUCAUGAUCAACACUUACUGGUACCGAUUCAUUUUCCAGUGGGAAUAUGGUGAGGGGCACUAUUCAGCAGUACAAUAAUGUCAAGAGUAAAACAAAAUGAAUUCAUCCAAAUUUUAAAUUUCCAAGAUUUUAAAAACAAUAACAAAGAAACGUCACAAAUCAGUUUUGAUUUAUCAACAUUUUCCAAAUUAACAGGAAAAAAAAUUUGUUUAUUUUUGGCUUUAUUGAACGAAGAUGAAAAAGAAAAAUUGGACAAAACAAUAAUGUAUUUUGAAUUUUUUGGCUCUAACCGUGAUUUCAUGUUUUACGACAAGGAUUUGGUGCUGUUUAAUUUAACAAAACAGUCAAAGUAUUGCUGAAUAGAUAUCCUUUUGUGAGGUGGAUUUCAGGUAGCUUCUCCAUACCAGUAAGUGUUGUUCAUAGCAAUUUUAUUUAACCCUCGUUUCUAACUAGCUUUGUGUGAAAUUUAGGCUGUGUAAAAUUCACAUAUAUAUAUAUAUAUAUAUAUAUACAUACAUAUAUAAAAUCUCAAAACAUGAAAUUUAGUAACGAAACCAACACAGCUCAACAAAGUAUAGUUGACUAUAUACAGUAUUUAAAAAUAGGCUGGAACCAAUAUAUAUAUAUCUAUACAUUUAUUCAAAUUUAGAUGAAGGCUUUGAUUUAAGCAGUGUUCUCUUCCAAUAUAUAUAUAUAUAAAUAUAUAUAUAUAAAAUCAUUUAACACUGGUUGGAAGUUUAUUGUGAAAGUUUUUUACAUCUAGUUGUGCCUAUUUUUUUUUAUAUUUCUCUCUCUAAAAUAAAUUAGAGGGUUUUACAUUGCAUUGAAAUGUUCGGCUAAUAAAGUGACAUUGUUCAUUUGGAUGGAAUUAUUCUUGGGCAAUGUUUUUAUUUAUUUAAAUCCGUUUCUGGAUUUCAAAAGUCAGAAAUUUAUUUUUUUUAAAUGCUUCUGUGGAGCAGAAUUUUGGAUUGUAGAGAAUAAAGAAUAAUAUUUAUUUUGUAAAAUUAUAAUUGACAAAAACUGAUCUGAACUACUGUUAAGUGACAUUUUGAUUUCAGUAUAUUUUUUUUUUACCUGUAUUUAUAUAUUUUAGCUUUAAUUUAUUAUUUUUUUAAUUUAUACGUUUUUUUUUUUUUCAAAUAAAAUUUUAAAUGUAUUAAGUAUACAAAUUCUAUUUAUACAUUUAAUUCGAUAUUAUUGGGGGUUCCUUUACAUUGUCUCCCUAUUCAAUUAAUUUAUAAUAAUUCUGAUACACAUAAAACUGUAUUCCUGUCUAAUUUUGCUUCAGACCCCAGGAAUGAGUUUGAAUCUUAGUUUACAGUUGAUAUAAUUCAGUUUGAUUAUAGAAUACUCACAUGGAACCGAGAAGUGAUAAGGAUUUAAAUUCCAACAUGUAGGGCAUAAUAUUUCCCUUUUCUCUUGGAGAAAAAAAAGUGUGGGGCUGGAACAUUGCAAGUUUAAACAAGGUUUGUAAUCUACAUUGUUUAAACCUUUGGCAUUUAAACCGGCCAUAUCCGGCCAAAAGUAUUCUGCCUGUUUUAUGUUCAAACUGGCCAGAUCUGGUCUCUCACACCAACCCUACAAUAUCGUUUUAAAAAUUAACAGCUACCUCAUUAAAAUCUCAUAGCUACAAGAUAAUGCACGAUUAGUUCAAACAAUGUGGAUAAAAAACAUUAAUUUUGGCAGAAUAAUGCAAACACAAAAGGGUUAAAUAUUAUCAGCCUGCUUCCAAGGAGAAAACGGUAGUUUUUUAUGAUUAGUUGAGAAUAUUCUUUAACACAAGUUGAAAGAUAUAGACCUUGGAUUUAAUGGCACGAAUUAAACAUUGUUUAUCAGGUUAACCAAAUUUACCAUGAUGUAAGAUUUUCUUAUUUUAUUGGUGAUGAAAACAAAAGAAAACACACCGUCAACUGCAGUAUUAUGACACUUGCUAUGGGACCAGAAUAUUGAGUUGGUAAUGUUAGUGGGAAAUCUGGUUACGUAAUUACAUGAAAUGUUUCAAAGCAUGAUAUUGGAGCAAAUUUAAGAGGACAGCAAAUUUGUUGGCUCUUCCAAAAUUCUGUAGUCAUUUCAAGACUAGAAUUCAAUAAGACACUGUAACCUUUCUUGGAAUUCCCAUGACUGUCAUGAUCUGAUUAGUGAACAUUAUGAAAAAAAAAGUUUUAUAUUUUAUUUUUUU